GUCCCUGUAGAAAAGUGUCUGCCUGUCACUGAGGCGUAAGGUGCCAUUGCAAGUGUUGGCGCUCGGUGCGGGACACCUGUUCUCUCAGUGCUCCGGUGCGGGGAUGAGCCCCGGUGGGUACCUGCGUGGUGCCGCCGAGAUACAGGGAGCUCCGGAGAACGCAGAUCGGUCCCGUGCUGUGCCAAGGUCUGUUUACGUUGCGCUGUUCAUCUUGGCACUGGCGCAAAUUGUUUGCACACUUGGGCUGUUCCUGUACUUUAAGGCACAGGGGGACCUGAGCCUAAUGCCUGAACUCCAUUGCUGGGAAGCAAUUGUAAAGAAGAGAGAACAUGGGCAUACAAAAGAUUCUUCUGUGCAAGAAGACCUCAUGUUAUGUGAAGGAAUAAAGCAGGCAUUCAGCACAGCAGUUGAAAAGGAACUGCAUGGACUCCUUUCCAGCAAACAGUUCCAAGUAGGAAAUGCUAGAACUGAGGCACGGUAUGGUACACGGAACAACAGCUGGCCAGUUGCUCAUCUUACCGUUGGGAGUAUAACACCUAUUAACAGUGAACAAUCAAAGGUGAACCUUACAUCCUGGAAUUUCAGAGAAGGUUGGGCAAAUUUGAGAAAUAUAAAGUACCAUAAUGGAAAGCUGGAAAUCUUACAAGAUGGCUAUUACUUUGUAUAUGCAAAUCUCUGCUUUAGACACCAUAUACUUAAAGGAAAAGAAUACAGAGACAAGGCUCUGCAGCUUAUGAUAUACAUCUGUAAAGCAACAAAUAACAGGAGGCCUUAUGAAACGCUAAUGAAGGGAGGGAAAACUGCCAUUUGGUCAAACAAUUCAGUCUAUCACUUUUAUUCUGUAUAUCAAGGAGGGGUUUUUAAGUUACAUGCUGGUGACGAGAUAUUCAUCCAAGCUUCAUAUUUAGAACUGUUGGACCCAGCUCAAGAAGCAACAUAUUUUGGGGCUUUCAAGAUCCAUAGCCUGGACGUUUAAUUAUUUUCUUAUUCCAGAUGUAGGACUAAAGGGAGCUGAAUAAAAAUGUGAUGUUCUCUUCUUACUUUAUUUACUGCAAGAGUGACAGCCACUGCUUUGUAAAGGUUCACUAACACUGUUUUAAUUUAUCCUCUCUGGUCAGAUGAGAUUUUCAUGACCGUUUAUUUAAAGGAGAACUAAACCCUAAAAAUGAAUAUUGCUAGAAAUGUCUUACCAUAUAUAUUGAACUUAUUGAAAGAGCCUAAAGGUUCAGCAUCUCUAUAAUUAUAAUGAUUCAUUCCUUAAAAGUUGUGACAGAGUUUGCCAUCUUGGAUUUUGCUAGGAGUGUCUGUAACACGCACAUGCUCAGUGUGCUUUGAGCAGCUGUUGGGAAGAUAAGCUUAGAUCAUCAAAAAUCAAAAAAUGAGGUCUGUCUGUCACAUAAGCUGAUGCUGCAGGGCUGACAUGUACAAAUAACUAUUUAUUAAUUAGCUUCAGCCUUAUAUUGUGACCGUUAUAUUGUAUAUAUUCACUAUAUUGUGAGUCAGCACUAUAUUGUAAGUGACAGCAGCAUAGAACAUGUGCAGUGAAUCAGAACAGAAGAUGGGGUAUUCGUUGGGUAAUCCUUGGAGGAAAAGAAUUGCUAAAGGGUUGUGGUUGCCUUGAACCACUAUACCAAAACAUAAUGCACAACAUUCCUGUCCUACUUCUUUAGUUAAGCUUUAAUUCUCCAUUAAUUAACAAAAUAAUUACUUGUCCACCUAUUCAAUUUUUUAAAUUUCAUACUUCUUAAAUAUACCGUUAUGGGUCCUGUUAUCCAGAAUGCUCAGGAUCAGGGGGUUUUCCAAAUAAGGGAUUUGGAUCUCCAUACCUUAAGUCUACUAAAAAUAAUAAUUUAAAUAUUAUUUCAACUCAACAGGUUUGUUUUGCCACCAAUAAGGAUUAUGUUUAUUUUAGUCGGAAUCAAGAACAAGGUACUGUUUCAUUAUUGCAGAGAGAAAAUAAAAUAUUUUAAACAUUUUCAUUUGACUACAAUAGAGUCUAUGGGAGAGGGCCUUUCCAUAAUUCAGAGCUUUCUUGAUAACCGUUUGUAUAGAUGAGAAGAAAUUGUUUAAUCUGGUUGGAUAUUAGUCAAACUAGUGCAAAGUUGCACCAGUUACCCAUAAAAUCCGAGGAAAUGUUUGUUUUCAUUUUAAGCAUAACAUUUUACAAAUAUAUAUGUGUUAAAGUGCCUUGAGAAAUAGGGAUUUUGCCAACAUGAUUUUAUUAGUUUUGUGUAAUAUUAGGUGUUCUUUAUGUACCUUAAAAUUCAGGUUGGUCCUAAGAUACUUGUAAUCUAAUACCAUGUCUCCCGCUAGGAACUUCCACCAGAAGAACUCAAUGUGUACUUCUAAACAUACUGUCACCUGUGCAUCUUGUUUUUAUGGAGAUGUUCUUGUAAUAAUUUACAUCUCAUGGCACAAGGGUCAGUCACUUAGGAGUCAUCUCAAAGCUUCAUAAAAGCCACUUGUAUUUUUUACAUUCUGUGCAUUUUAGAAAAUAGCAUGCAACUUUGUAGAGAACAAUGUUUGAUAAUACAGAAUUUUACUAAUCUUUAUAUUUUCUUUUUAAUGCUUUAUUUAUUCAUGCUGGCAUGAAUUUUCUAUGUAGAUGGCUGUCCUUAAAGGGCACCCCACCUCUGUUUAUUUUUAACCUGCCCAUUUUCUGCACUUAAGUCAGACAAAAUGGUGAUUAGCUGGGCUACAGUUCCGACGGUUGCCUAAAAAGUUAUUGCAAUCUUAUGUUUCUAUUUCAGUACAUUUCAUUGUGAAUAAAUGUGUAUAUAUUUGAAUCUCUGAUUUUGCACAGAAGAAAUGGCCUUUAAUGGAUCAUAUGGGCACACCCUUUCCCCAGUGAAACAAAUGGUGCCCAAUGUCUAUUACUUGAUUUAUAAACUGCAUUCCAUCUGUGUGCUUUUCUUUAUUGAAUGUACCAAAACGGCAAAAAAUCCCAGAUUGUUUCUUUUUUUAAAAAGUAUACUACUUUUUAAAAAAUCUUGUUAAUGUUAUUAGACUAUAAGAAUAUAUAUAUCAGUUUGGUCUCAAACUAAAGUCUGCUGGGAAGGCAUGUGAAUGCUCAUUUUGCUUCUUUAUUGCUAAAGUAUCUAUACGGCAGUAGCCAUUAUAUUAUUUAUAUGUUAAUAUGUAUCUCUUUCUUUUACCAAGCAGCUUUUUUCAGUAGAAACAACUCCAUCCUAUAGAUCAGUGGUCUUUAUUGGUCUUAAGGUGGCCAUAGACGCACCAAUAAUAUCGUACAAAAUGAAUUUUAGUAUAUUCAGUGUGUGUGUAUGGCAGCAGAUGACCUGACCGAUAUCAGCAGAAGCCUGGGAUAUGGGUUGGCUCGCAGAAAAUUUUGAACGGGCGCACUUGAAGGUAUCUGAACAUCGGCCAUUGUAAGUGCUGAAUCGUCAGAUACAGGUAGAAUGCUAUUGUUUCUAUGUGUAUAUCUGAUGAUUCAGCUCUGCAAUUUCUUGGAAAGAUCUUCAGUGUAAAAAUAAGAACUGGGUCAAUAGAUAGGCUGUGCAAAAUACAACAUUUUUCGAAUAUAGUUAGUUCGGCUGAAAUGUAAUCUGUAAAGGCUGGAGUGACUUGAUGUGUAAUAUAAAAACAGAACACUAAUCAGUCACCAAUCAGUGACUUGAGGGGGGAUCACUUGGCACAUAACUGUUGCUUUUGAAUCUGAGCUGAGUGCUAAGGAUACAUUACAAACUCACCGAACAGUUAUGUGCCAUGUGGCCCCCCUUAACUCAGAGUUAGAGAGCUGAAAAACAGGAAGUAGUGUUCUGGCUAUUAUGUUACACAUCCAGUCACUCCAGCCUUUAUACGUUACAUUUUUGGCUAACUAACUAUAUUAGAUACAUUUUUCAUUUUGCACAGCCUGUCUAUUUACCCAGUUUUCAUUUUUACACUGAACUGUUAAGGUGGGCAUACAAUAUAAGAUCUGCUCAUUUGACAAGGUGAUCUGUGUCCAAUGUGACCACCAACACACAGUUCCAAAUUAGGAUGAUGUGACUUUUUGGUCUAGUGGUGAAACUAUUGGAUCAUACCAAUUUUACCCAGGGUUUUGGCCAUGGGAGAUCUGUUAGGAGAAGAUGGCAUCUAUGCACCAAUGCAGUCCUUGUCUGAAUUUCUAACCUGCCUGAUAGAUAUUGGUCAAAACAUCAGGAAGGCCAUCUACAUGGGCUGAGAAGCUACAGACUUGCUCUGGAGGAGUAGAGUAGAAACCUUUUAUCGGCCGCCUUUAAAAUGAGAAGUUGGCUAUAUUUGAUGAUUGGAAUACUUUUUCUUAUUAGUUAAGCCUGUGGUGCUUCGCAAUGUACCGGUGCUUAUUCAUUUAGUAGAUUGUUACAAUGUUACACCUCAACGUAUUCUUUGUAUAAGCUAUGUGUCACUGUGUAUAAAAAAAAUAGUCAGAUGAUGACUUGUAUACUUUUUUUUAUAUAUUAAAUGCAUUUUUUCAGCACAUUACACUUGUGGUAUGGAUGUGAACUGAAUAUUUAGAGUUGUACGGCACCUGGACAACCAAUGUAGUCGUUCGAGAACGUUUUCCACAAAUGACACCAUAAUUGUUCUAGUUAAUUCACUCAUAUAGUAGGUGGAAUUGGAACUUUUUUUUACAGAUAAUUUUCAUUCUUCCCCUUAAUGUACAUGUAUUGUAAGCAGUAUCACUUGUUUGUAUGGAACUGAACCGUAGCUUUAAUUUCAAACCAAACUCUUGCCCUUCAGUAUUACUUUAGCUAUUACUUUUGUGUUCAUUUAUAGAUGCAUAUUUUAGUUUUUUUUAUUUUAUAGCUUUGGGUAGUGAACUUCCUUUUUUUUUUAUACCAUGCAUGUACAGUACAGUCUUAAAACUGUCUGUGUCAAGAACAUUUCACAUAAAAUAUUUAAUUUUUAUUACAGUAUGUUGUAUAUUGUGUCCCUUUUUAUAUGUACAGAUAUUUAAACUUUGUGCACAUUGUACAUAUUUUUGGUACUAGCAGCUGUUACAAUGUUUAUAUUAAAAAAAAAUAAUAUAUUUCGUUAAAAUGUCUUAUUGUCAUUUUUUUUAACAAGAUGACUGUCUGAACAGAACAAAUGUUAAACCUCAUUGACUAGGGACAAAGACAAGAAGAAAAAACUAGACAUGGUUACUAUGGUUAAUGCAGAAGCUAUUGUUACAUUACCAGUUACAUCAUUAAGUAAAAAAUGUCUAUUAUACAUUCAACAAUGGUAUCAGUCCAUCAGUUACUAAAAAUAAACUAUUUCCUGG